UUCACUUUAGUCUAAGGACAAUGCUUCUGCAAAAAUAAAUGUCACCCUUCUGUUUUUAUGUAACUUUCCUCUCAACUCCAUGUGCUCCAUUGCAUAAGAAACAAAAUCAUUCAUUCUUUAAAACUUGCUCAAAAUCUUUCUCUUUGCUCUCAAUACAAAUCCCACUACCCAUGACCAAAAUCUGAUCUUAUUUUUACGAAAAAAACUGGAAUUAGUUAUGAACACCAUGCUGAUAUGUCGCUAAUCCGUCACUAAAUAGGAUUAGGGAUGAAUUUUUAUAGUUAGCUACAGAAUUUGUCGUCGCUAAUUUCUGCUUUUAGUAGUGUAUAAUCUUUACUUACAAAUGGUCAGUUUUCUUAUAUUCCUCUGCCCCAUCAUUUGUUUCUCAAUUCUUGUUUCAUCUGAGGUUGAUGAAUUCAUAUAUACAAGAUUCAAUGAGCCAAAUAACAACAACAUAAGCUUGAGUGGAGUUGCAGAAAUAGCCCAAAAUGGUUUUCUUCAGCUAACCAAUGACACAAGUAGACUAAUGGGUCAUGCCUUUUAUUCUUCACCUUUCCACUUCAAGAACUCAAGUAGUAAUAGUACUGCCUUCUCUUUCUCAACAUGUAUUGCUUUCGCUAUCGUCCCCGAGUAUCCAAAACUCGGGGGCCAUGGCGUAGCAUUCACAAUUUCUCACUCAAAAGAUUUCAGUACAGCUCUUCCAAGUCAGUAUUUGGGGCUGCUUAAUGCAAGUGAUAUUGGUAACAUCUCUAACCACAUUUUUGCUGUUGAAUUCGACACAGUACGAGAUUUUGAGUUUGGAGAUAUUAAUGAUAAUCAUGUUGGUGUCAACAUCAACAGCUUACAGUCCAAUAAGUCUGCUGCAGCUGCUUACUACAAUGAUGAGUUACUGAAACAAGAUUUAAAUCUCAAAAGUGGAAAGGUUAUUCUUGCUUGGGUAGAAUAUGAUUCUGUCAAAAAAUUAAUUAAUGUUACUCUUUCACCAACUUCUUUAAAACCCAAAAUUCCUCUUUUUUCUUAUCAUUUAGACCUCUCUCCAAUUCUCAAAGAAACUAUGUAUGUUGGCUUCUCUGCUUCUACUGGUUUGCUUGCCAGUUCACAUUACAUUUUAGGUUGGAGUUUUAAGUUAAAUGGUGAAGCUAAAUUUUUAGACUUGGAUUCUUUGCCAUCACUUCCUGGAGCCAAGAAGAAACACACUGGCCUAAUUAUAGUCAUUUCAAUUGCUGCAGCUGUUUUCGCGUUAAGCUCGAUCUUGGUUGUUAUUUAUUUAUUCUGGAGAUUCAAGAAUGCUGAUGUGAUUGAGCCUUGGGAGCUUGAGAUUGGUCCUCACAGAUAUUCAUACCAAGAACUUAAGCAAGCUACUAGAGGUUUUAAGGACAGUGAACUACUCGGACGUGGCGGAUUUGGUAAAGUUUACAAGGGUAUUUUAAGAAAUUCAAAAACACAAAUUGCUGUGAAGCGUAUUUCGCAUGAAUCUAAACAAGGUUUGCAGGAAUUUGUGUCUGAAAUUGCCAGCAUCGGAAGACUCCGUCAUAGGAAUUUGGUUCAAUUAUUAGGGUGGUGUAGACGUCGUGGUGAUUUGUUGCUUGUGUAUGAUUUUAUGCCUAAUGGAAGCUUGGAUAACUUCUUGUUUGAUCAACCCAAAAUGGUUUUGACAUGGGAACAAAGGUUCAAGAUAAUCAAAGGGGUUGCUUCUGGUUUACUGUACUUACAUGAAGGCUAUGAACAAGUUGUGGUACAUCGAGACGUUAAGGCUAGUAAUGUGCUACUAGAUGGUGAAUUAAAUGGCAAGCUUGGGGAUUUUGGACUUGCAAGAUUAUAUGAGCACGGAUCAAAUCCGUGCACGACUAGGGUGAUGGGCACAUUGGGGUACCUUGCACCAGAAUUGUCAAGAACAGGACGGGCCACAACGAGUUCUGAUGUGUUUGCCUUUGGUGCUUUGUUACUCGAGGUGGUCUGUGGACGUAGGCCAAUUGAACCCAAGGCAGAACCCGAGGAGUUUGUACUAGUGGAUUUGGUGUGGGAUAAAUUAAGAGAAGGGAAAGUUCAUGAUGUGGUGGACUAUAGAUUGAAAGGUGAGUUCAAUGAAAAUGAGGUUUUGAUGGUGUUAAAAUUAGGAAUAAUGUGCUCAAAUAACCAGCCAUUGGCGCGACCGAGCAUAAGGCAAGUGGUAAGAUACUUGGAAGGUGAAAUUCUGAUGCCUGAGGCUCCAACAGCACAAAAUGCUGAUGAUGGAGAAUUGGGGUUCGACGAAAAUGAACGUUGGAAUUCUUUAGGAUCAACUAAUAUUAUCAAGUCAAGUUCAUUUACUAGUUUGUCUAAUGGAGAUGAAGAUGAUACUUUUGCUUCUUUUUCUACUUCACCACUUCCACUUCUAUAUAGUGGUGAAGUACCUAGAUACUGAUAUGAACAUUUCCUGAUGAACACUGUACAUUUUUCCCCCUUUUCUUUGUCUUUCCUCUCUGUAUGUAUUCAAGUCUAUAAAGAUUCAGUUGCAUAAUCUGAAGUUUUCCUCAGUUGAACAAUGGAUAAAGAUUGAUGUAAUGUAACUAUGAAUGAAUGUGGUUGUUCCAAA